CUGCCGUUCUGCUGCUGAAACAAAACUGUCCAGGCGGAUUGUCGAGCGUUUCCAUUUCGUGGUACAUGAAGCCUUCUCUGAGCUGGGAGCCGCGGGCUGGCGCUCCGGGGACUUCUGGCUGCUCGCCGCAAUAGUAGUUGUGCUUUGGUUCGUCAGACUUUACCUGCACUAUUUGAGCCAAUGGCUCUUCCUUCGGAUCAUCUCAGUUCCUGUUACAAAAUUCCAGCUUUUCCCUCACACUGUCGAGCUGUGCUACCAGAACUCCCUGCUGCAGACCAGUGAAGAGUUGGUCAUGGUUGUGGUGGGACCCCUAACCUUGAACGCAGGGCUGCUUCUUAUGGUGCUGAUCAGAUGGGGCUGUCAGCAGCUGUUUGACUCAUUCCCUUCCUUCUUGUCAAAGUUUAUCAUAGCUCUGGGACUGUGGACAGUGCUAGACCCCUUGGCAGUGUUCGUAGUGGAUUCAGUCCUGGGGCGACUUGGGAACAGUGUAGAGAAACCCAUUGCUGAUGCUGCAAAGCUCUACUGGGUCUUCCUAAGAGCAGAAGAGUCGGGGAUUCCUGGUGCCUUAAUCACUGUGAUGCUGUAUACAAUCCUGUUCAUCAUCUCAUCAACAGUGUUGUACCUGUACUUUUUAAGGCUACAUAGCGAAGGUUGGCUGUUGGAUGUGUUUCGACGCAUUCACGGUGAGGAAGGCACGUUCUUUGUUCCACUGGACUUAGAGAUUUCCAGUCAGGAGCUGAGCUACAUUAUAAAGAGGGCUGAGCAGUGGAGAGGAAUAAACGGUGAAAGACGGAUG